AUGGCCAGUGAGUACCAUGGACACAUUGACGGCCAUGUUUUCAUUCCUGCCCCACGGUCAGGCGACAUGAUGAACUUCAACUUCGGGGGAUUCACCCCAGUGAAUGGCGAAAACGCGGGCUCUUCUCGACUGUUCCAUUCAGACGAGACCCCGACCUCGUGGAUCGGUGAGAAGUGCGCAGGACCAGCUGGUCGCGCUACCCUCAUCGGUCUGGGCGGUGUAGGGUGCAUGCAAGCACAAAGGCACGGUUCGAAGAAGCAUACAGAGGUAUUUCGGACUAUGGUCCUAGACAAUGCGGACGACGUUGAAGCGUUCUAUCCAAAGCGAAACUAUGUACGAGGAGAUUCACAGGGCAUACUAGCGUCACUGGCGGCUUUCAUACCUCAGGCUAACAACGGAUCGACCCUAAUCACGUCUCGAAGUAGGGAUACAGCGACCCGGCUGACAGGAAGUUCCAAGAACAUCAAAGCGGUUCUCGCCAUGGAUGAAGGCCAAGCUUUGCAGCUUCUCCGGAACAAACUCGAGGACAGCUCAGAUGAAGCUGGCACAGCAGAUCUACUCAACGCCCUUGAUUACAUGCAUUAG